UCGACCAGUAACAAAAUAAAAUGGCUCAUAAACUGACCAUCCUCUGCUGUGCGCUUUUCGGUGUGGCUGCUGCCAGUUAUAUCCCCCACGGAGGACACGAUCACGGACACGCAGUGGGAUACAGCAUCCAGACGCAACACGAGGCUCCCAAGAAGUGGCAGGAUCACCACCAGGACCACCAAGCUCACUCUUGGGCGCCAAUUCAGGACCAUCACCACCAGCAGUGGGCACCAGUGGCUUCCCACGACACCCACCCCCAGUGGAGCCACCACGAGGAGCCCAAGCACCACCCCAAGUACGAAUUUGACUACGGAGUGAAGGACACCAAGACCGGCGACAUCAAGCAGCAGUGGGAGACCCGGGACGGGGACAAGGUCAAGGGGGGAUACACCAUGAAGGAGGCCGAUGGACGCACCAGGAUCGUGGAGUACACCGCCGAUUCCCACCACGGAUUCCAGGCUACCGUGAAGCAUGUUGGACACACCGACCACUUCGAGCACAGCCACGGACACGGACACGGACAUGGACACGGACAGGAAUACGGACACGGACAUGGCCAUGCCACCAGCUACGCUGAGGUGAAACAGGACACCGGCAGCAAGUGGGAGGACAAGAGCAGCAAGUGGUGGUGAAGGAGCUGGCCCAACUAACUGUACAAC